UGGUCUAUUUAAUGCCGCAUGCGAACAGCCAGACAUCAUUUGCUGUUUAUCGCUCUCCAAAGACAUCGAAGAAAUUGUAACACAAGUGGAUUCUCUACCCAGCAUGUAUCUCAAGCUAAGCUUCGUCAUGGCUGUGGUGGCCUGGGUCGCAGUUUCAGAAGCGACGACUGUUGAAGAUAAAGUGACUGUGCGAGUGUUCAACAAGGACUUCUCCAAGACCGAUGACGAGAUGAAAAGUCUUCUGAAGCAGGCAGAUCUGGAAGGCAAUGGAUACAAGAAAGAGGUCACCACUCAAGUUGUGAAAAGACCAGGACAGAAGAAGCCAAAUUACCAGAAGCAGUACCUUUACUACAAGGACGUGACGUGUGGCCGGGUGAUGGAAGUGGAGAGGGAAAUGGACAUGUUAUUAAAAGGCGCACUAGGAACCACUGUGCUAUCAAAGGGCAAGCGUGUAAUAAAACAAAAGGGCCUGGAAAAAGACGAGAUGUGCCGCACUGGCGUCGAGGUCCACUUUAACAAAGAUCAGACUUGCAGCGAUAAUAAGCGACAGCGGCGAAGCUACCGUUGUUGGCUAUGCCAUUAUUGCUGGCGUGUGGAUGCCAUUGAAAAAUAAUCAGAAAUUCAAGCAAACAGGCCCUGAAUAUAAUUACAACCGUUAUUUCUGUAAGAAUGUAAUGAAAUAAAUAAUGAUCAAGUUCCA